AUGCACGCACCCACGACAACCACCACAUGCACUCGUCGCCAACUGAGUCACGCACAAGCAAGUACAUGCAUGGCGGGCUUCACUGACGCGUUGGUGCUCGAGGCACCCGCACUUUGGUGGCCGGCAGUUGGCGAUCUGCCUCGAUAUCCGAUUGACGAACAGCGGUCGUUUGUGGCCGCCAUUGUGGAGGCAGCGAUGCCCUGGCCGCAGGGCUCUUCCACAGCAGAGGGUACCGUGCUUCGCACGCUGGGCCUCUCGUGCCUGGGCCGCAGCGUCAUGAUGACGGCUGAAUGGAGCUACCUCGACGGUAUCGAGUCAAUGCAGCCCCCGUCCGUGAAGGUGUGGAACCCGCUGCAGGGGUGCGCCGUGUACCUGACAGUAAGCACAGAGGCCGGGCUAGGGUCCCUGGCCAGUGUACAUCAUGGUGGCAAGGAUGGACGUGGCACCGCGUCCUUGGCGGAGUUGGAUUUACGUCAGCUGGUACGCGAUGAGCGAGUGCGCGUGACGCACCGCUCGCUUCGUGAGAUGCUGAGUCGGUGCUGCUGCUCACGAACAGCCCUUCUGACCCGCAUGCAGCGAUGCGCCGAACAGCGAGAUGAGUACGCGCUGCUUCGCCGCGCCGUCACGCGGGCCCACGCCGCAGCGCUUCAACACUUGGAGCGAGCCGCUCAGGCCAUGGAUGGCGUCCUCGCCAGCAGCCGUGGGCCAUCCAGGAAGGCUGGUGUCUCUGCACCCUCCCUGUCGUCACUCCUGUUCGCUGGUGACACGCCGAGUCAGCGGCAUCUGCUGUGUCUCCUGCAAGCCACCACGCCAUCGGUUGUCCAGGUAUCGAGCACGCGGGUGUUUGUGCUUGAGGCCCGUCGCCUUAACUUUGCCGAGGUGCUGACUCUCCACGAGUUGGAGGCGUUGGAAGUGGUGGAGGCGGUGCUGCGGCCACCGCUGUUGUGCACCUCUGCCGCCCCUUCCUCCAGCGCAGUACAGGUCUCCCCAUGCCUGCUUAUUGUUAUGGAAUCUCUGCACCUGUUGGAGGGCAACGCCAACUCACUCGUGGCCAGCGUGAUACACCAGCUGUGCGUGUGCCUGGAUGCCCUGCACGCCAGCGCUGUACCAGCGAUCGUUUGGUCUUUCACGGAGGAUGUGCGCGACACGCCGCCGGCGCUACUCUCGCGCGUAGGCUCACAACAUGAGCGACUCGCCAUGUCGACGACUGAGGACCGCACCGCCUACCUGACGCGACGCUUGGCACGUUGGCCACCGGUGUCGUCGCUGCAGCGGACCGCAUGUCACACGGCUGCCGUUGCAUUGGCCGAAAGCACUGCGCACUGGACGGUAGAUCAGCUUGUGCAAGUCCGUGACGCGGAUCUCGCCAGUAUGCUGCCCUCCUCCCCUGCGCUCACCCGGAAGGUGAGCGAUGGUGCCUCACAUCAAACUGAGUGUCUACCCAAGCAGCGCAACAGAGCUGUGGAGGUGCAAGACGGCGUACCUGCCUCCCCAGCUAUCUCGGUGGCCGCACAACGUCCAGAACCUCCGCUGUUUGACGUGUACAGCCGCCUCUACGGCAUCGAAGAGGCGAUAUGCAAGGUGGAGGAGUUGAUUGUAUGGUCACUGACGCAUCUUUUCCUCUUGCGCGAACUUGCCAUUCCGUGCGCGAAGGGCGUCCUUCUCUGCGGGCCCAGCGGGUCCGGCAAGACGGCACUCCUGUCCUGCCUCGGGCGACGGCUGCAGUUGCCAGACGCGCGGCGCCUCCACGUCAUGUCCGUGGAUGGGCUCUCCCUGAUUACAAAAGAGGUCGGCCGCUCCGAGAAGAACAUCGCGCAGCUCUUCGACACCGCGCGCUCCCUUGCGCCGACAGUACUUUUCAUUGACAACCUCGACUCGCUGGCCCCGCCUCGCGGGCGUACCACGGCAGAAACGAGCACGACCGGCGAUCGCACGCUUAGCACUCUCCUUACACAGAUGGACGGCGUCGGCGGUGGGCAUGCAGACCGCGUCGUCGUUGUCGUCGCCUCGGCUCCGUCGAUCGACACGCUCGACCCCGCCGUGUGCCGUCCUGGUCGACUUGACGUGCAUGUGCAACUCACUAACCCGCCCACGAGUGCCUCCGCUGCUGCUAUGAAAGGGCGGCUUCGCGAGUUUGUGGCUCGCAUGCAGAAACGGCGGCAGUCUGAUGGUGUGUUAGCCACCGAGGACGGAGCGGGGGCUGCGACGCUGGAGGUGCUGGAGGAGGUCGAUCAGCUUGUUGAUGAGUACCUUGCCAACGUCACAGCAAAGGUGGAGGGCAAAGCAGAUGACGACGCAGCUCUGCCACCGCGGCCGUCCUUGUCCCCGGCUGAGGUGACGGCGGCAAUACGUGAGGUGAUGCUUGACGUCGUUGCGCGACUAGAGCGAGGUGACGGCCCUACGCCAACUUGCGCAACUCUAUCGUCUGAAGCACAUGUGGCGGACAGGAGCAGUGAUGUGGUGCGCGCCGUGCGAGACGCCGUCCGCCACCUCUACGGCGCCGCUUAG